GGCCUGUUUGACAUCUGGGCUACCUUUCUGUACAUCUACAUAUUUGCAUCUAAUACAUCAUGUUUCCAUUUUUAAUUUUAACAAAAUAUGGUCACAAAUCGUAUCAAAUACAGUAAUGAAUUCAUUAAAUGUUUUAAACCAUAUGAUUUUCAUGCAUCUAAUAAAACUAAGAGAAAACAUCAUGGUGGUUGGCAACGUGCUCUCAAACGGACACCUUUAUAUCGCACAACUAUUCCUGUUAUUGUCAGUUCAAACUGCCGUUCACUUCCCAACAAAAUUAUGCAUCUCCAGUCUCUCUUAUCAUCUGACACUUAUCACAAUACUGCGAUAGUCACAUUACAAGAAACUUGGCUCCAUGAUCUUUAUGACGACAACCUGGUUUCUCUAAAUGGUUUCACAUUGUUUAGACAAGAUCGAAUAUGCUCUAGAAAGAAAAGAGGUGGAGGAGUCGCAACCUUCAUUCAUUCUCAGUGGUCAACUUCAAAUAAUGUAUGUUUUUCUUUCUCUAGUGACUUUAUUGAUUGUAUUACAGUCAAAUGUCGUCCUAAACACUUAUCCAAGUUUAAAUACGUCUUCAUCUCAAACAUUUAUGUUACUCCUGGAUGUUCCGCCUCGGAUAUAUCUCAUUUUGCCGAUGAAUUCACAGCAUUCGCGGUUACACAUCUUGAAAACUCUUUAUCAGUUGUCACUGGAGAUUUCAAUACCUGUGACUGUUCUUUUCUUGAAUCAUUAGGUCAUGUCAACAUUGUCAAAUUUCCAACUCGACUUGAUAAAACUCUGGAUCUAGUAUUUACUAAUGAUGCGGAAAUAUAUGAAGCACGCAGACGUGCUCCUAUAAUGAACUCUGAUCAUUGUAUUAUUCGGAUAUUACCCAAGAUAUAUAGCAGAUAUCACUCUAAUAUCCUCUCGAAUCUCUCCAGGAAAACACAACAAAGAUGUUACUCACAAGAAAACGUGCUCAAACUAAGACUUAUGUUAAAUGACACAAACUGGGAACUUUUCACUGAACACACUCUGGAUGAUACUAUUUCCAAUCUGACUGACUAUCUUAAAUUCUGCCUUGAUGUAUGCUGUCCUAAACAGAUACUUUUCAAAAGAAUAGAUCGUUUCUCUUCUCCUCAUCUCAAAAAGCUUCGGAGAGAAAAAGAGAGACUGUACAAGGCUAAAGAUAAAGCUGGUCUUAGGAGAAUAAACAUGCAAAUCAAAUCCGAAAUCAAGAGGUUAAACAAUAUUUAUAAUCAAAGAAUUUUGUCAUGUAAAACUCCUGGGAACAUGUGGAAGCUUUUCAAAGAAAUUACAGGUUGUGGUAAGCAUAGUUCUUGUUCUCCCUCUAUUGACGUAAAUACUCUUAAUAGAUCUUUUAUCCGCCUUCCCAAUGUACCUUCUAGCUUCAAUGUAACAAAUAACAUGACCAGUGACUUUAAUAGCUUUAAAACUUCUGAUGUUCUUAAAUGUUUAAAAUCUCUUAAACCUUCCCAGAGUCUAGGUCCUGAUGGUAUACCUGCCAUUGUCCUAAAGAAAUGUGCUGAUAUUUUAAGCAACCCACUUACAAACAUUUGUAAUACUUCUUUUUCUAAUAAUGUUGUACCUUCUCUGUGGAAAGAUAUUAAAAUCAUCCCUGUACCUAAGUCAGGCUCUGGUAAUAAUGCUAAGUUCAGACCUAUUGCUAUAACCUCUCCUUUUUUGAAACUAAUGGAGAAACUAUUGUUACUAAAACUUGUUCCCUCCUUAAGCUUCUCAAACGAUCCAAAGCAGUUUGCUUACAAACAGGGUAAAAGUACUUUGGACGCUGCCGCUGUGUUUCAUCACAACAUUGUAUCCUCCUUAGACAAAGGGGCCAAGUUUGUCCGUUGUACGUUCCUUGACUAUACAUCUGCUUUCGACUCUGUACCUAGAGGCCUAUUGUUAAACAAGCUUAGCCUAGCACAAACUGAGCCCUGGGUUAUCAACUGGCUGCACUCUUACUUCUCUAAUAGGAUGCAGUACACGGUAUAUAAUGGUGCAUCUUCCUCUCCAUUGCUUACUGAAGCUGGAGUUCCCCAGGGUGCUGUUCUUUCUCCGUUUCUCUUUUCCUUCUUCUUACAUGAUUUACCUCUCUCAGAUGAAGUCAACUUCGUCAAAUAUGCAGAUGACCUGUCUGUAUCGUUUUCCAUUAAGUCUCAGUCAGACUGUCUCAAAUUAAAUAGCUUCCUGUCGGACAUCAGUGAGUGGUCCAAACUAAAUGGACUCAUGUUGAAUCCCUCAAAAUGCCAGACUGUCGACUUCUCCCUUAGGCAUAAACGGGAUCUACAAACACUAGUAAGUUCUCAUGAAGACUGUUGCAUUGAGGGGACAAAAAUUGAAACUAAGUCUAAUGCAAAAUACCUCGGUCUAGUUAUAUCUUCUGACCUUACUUGGACAUCUCAUAUCCUAAUGAUUUCUAGGAAAGUGUUCUGUCUUACCUACUACAUUAGGAAACUUAGACAAUCCGGAAUCACCCAACCUCUACUUUCACAAUUUGUCAACUCUUGUAUCCUACCUAUUUUACUUUACUGCUCCCCGUUAGUCUUUCCUGGUCUACUGAAAAAGGACUAUUCCAUCCUGAGAAGGAUGUUGACAGUAGUUAGUAGGACUAGUGGUGUUAAUCUCAGCCAGCUCGUGACUACCUUAGUUGAUAGGCAUCUGAAUACAUGUGAAAAAUGGUCUAAAACCAUACUCUCAAACCCCCAACACCCCCUCUAUUCCCAACUCUCGCCUUGUAUCUCAUCAAGUAAAACCAGAAAUCAGUAUAAAAGAAUCUAUGCUCGUACAACCAAGUACAGGAACUCAACGAUACCAUACUUGGCCCGUGUUCUAAGCGACAGAGACAAUGUUAAGCGUGAAACCUGUGACUUGCUUUGUUAUUAACAACAUAAAUUCAUACUCUUUUAUUUCUCUCUUAUUUCGUAUUCUUUAGUGAACUCCUUCUUCAAACUUACUUAGCUACCUGAAAUAUUAACAUUGGCUUCCUUUUUUGUACUUUACUAUAUUCCUUCUAUUGUGUAUCCACUGGUUCCGACUAUAUCAGCACUAUGAGUAUUACAAAAUUGUCGUGUCAUUAACCAUCAUGUAAUUAUUAGUUUUGUGGUUGUUUCUCUUAUUUUCUAUACUUUUCGGCAAUAUUAAACUGACAAUCAUUGUUUGUGAAGGCCAUAGUCACCACCUCAAAAAGAAAUUUUGUAUUAUUCAGGAUUACUCACACUACCACCACAAACACUGCACUAGACCUUGGUAGACUUUGGUACUUUUUUGCAUUCAUAAUUAUUUUGUGUUUAUCCUGUUUUUUUUUUUUUUUUUUUGCUGUUGGUGUCUUCAGAUUUAUUUUUUAUUUGUUUAAUACUUAUUUUAAAUGUCGGUAAAAUUAGAUGCAAAUAUUGUAGAUAUGUGCUGAAAAUUCCACACUGUACCACUAGUACUGUUUCUGGAAUAAAGCAAAUUAUUAUUAUUAUUAUUAUUAUUAUU